GAUUGGACGACAUUCCGCCGACGGGAACUUUCGAAGAAUCGACAAUUGUCGCUUUCCUUUGGUUUUAUAUUUUAAAAAUGUAAGGAUUUUAAUGAAAUGUACAUCCAGAAUGAAGUUAGAAAUCUAUUGAUUCCAACUGUUAUGUCAGCUUAGCAAAUACAUUUUGUUUUGACAAGAAAAAGGAUAUUAAAGUGAGUGAUGUUGUGCGCGCGUGAUUUUUACGCGCCCAAACUUGUAUUCUUUGCUGUAGACAUUGAAUCUUUAAAUAGACUACUUAUAAUUAAGAGAAAUACAAAACAAAUAUUUAUAUCCAUACAUAAUAAUCUCUCCUUUAUUGUUUGAAUGUAAAGCUGUUAUAUUUUGAAAGAUUUAAAAUUAUCAAGUUUAAAUUUUUGACGUUUAGGAUCACAAUCACUGUAAAGAUUAUGGUUUUAGCUUUUAAACAUAUAAAUCACAGAACUGAAUAUAUAACGUUCACUGGGGUAAAAAAUCAGUUAGAUUUAUCCGAGUUGAUUUUUUUAAAACUAAAGCUGAAAGAACCUAAUUUACACAGUUUCACCCAAAUAACAAAAAAUCAAUUUAAAUAUAUUUAAUUUGCUAUAUUUUUCUUAAAACUGUUCAAGUCUGACAUUGCAAUAAACAUUCCGACAGAAAAUGGUAAGGGAGGAUUUUGGAAGUCGAUCAGUUGAAGUAUCACCUGUUCAACGAAAAACAAAAUCAAAAUAUUCCCCUCAGGAAUUACAUUCAAAGCCCUUGCAAAAGUCAUUAGAAAAUCUAACUGGAGGAAGCCCUUCUGCUCAUUUAAGAAAUGACUACUUUUCUAGAACUACAAGCACUCCUCUAUGUCGUAAAGAUUUAGCUGAUGAUAGUGGCCUUACAGAUUCCCUAGGAGAUUUAAACUUAUCUGAUAACAAAAGCCCAGAAUGUUCCAGGAAGAAACCGGGAACUCUUUCACCAGAUUUUAUGCCAAAAAAGACCUGCUUUAGAAGACAAGGGCCCUUACCAAAAUUUUGCUUGGAUGAACCGGAGUUUACAAAAAGUCCGAAGAGUAGUCCAACCUUCAAGAGAAAAUUCGAAAUUAGUCAGUUAUCUAAUCGUAGUACUGAUUCAGCUUUCCAUGAUGGCUCAAGAAUCUCUACUGAAUUAUAUCAAUUUGAUGUAGAUGAUGACUCGCUUGCAAAUUUAAGUGAUUUGCAGCUGUCUGUUGAUACGUUUUGCGAAAGUUUAAAUGAAAGUUUAGGAGUAAAAGAUGUCUCAUUUUUAAUUGGUAGAAGAAUGGGAGUGAAAAAUUUGAACAUUUUAGACGAACUGAAUAAUGUUCAUUUGAAUCAUGUGAUAGGGACAAUUUUUUCUUACUUAUCUCCUUCAGAUUUAAACAGUGCCUGUCAGGUUUGUCCUAAGUGGAAAGAAAUUUGUAAACAGGAUUCCAACGCAAGACGUCGUCGUAAAGAGUAUAUAAAGAAAACGCACUCAAACAAAGAAAAUAGUUUUAUUAGAAAUAAAAGUCGUAAAGUUAAGCCAUUGGUUGUUUUGCAAACUACAAUUAAAGAAAGAAAGAAGACUAGUAAAGCUGAUAGAAAGUUAGCAACCAGCCAAGAAUUUUGGGAGGCUCAGCAACGUUUAAAACCAUAUGAAAAGAUGACAAAGUGCCCCAAGUGUAACGGACCUGCAGCUAAAAACGGCGUGUAUGAAAGAGGACGAUGUUGUCGCUCCUCCUGUGCCCAUAAUUUUUGUACGAGGUGUGAGUUAGCAUUCCAUUUCGCCAAACCUUGUUCUAAUCAUACCCAAAAAGGAAGUAAAUCUUCGGCAAAGGCAUUCAGCAAAAAAAGUCGGCGCCUAUUGGAUAGGCUCUAG